AUGGAAAAUACUACCAUGCAAAAUAAUUAUGUAUAUGAAAUAAGUGAUGAUGAAGAAGAAGACGUCUAUGAUGAAGAAAAAUCUGCUCAAAGUUUAGAAUUAAGAGCUUUAAAGGAGUCUACUUUAAGUCGUUUCACUCCUGAAACUAAAAAAUCAGUAGAUUUAAUAAUUGAUGAGCUUCUAUGUGAAACUUUAUUUAAUAUUCAUAAGGAAUUAAAAUUAAAAGUUCUUGAUCCGAGGCGGUUUGAUUCUGAUUACCGAAGACGCUGUAAUACUCCAACCUUAAUAGUAAUGGCUGAAAAUUUGAAUAUCACUAAACCAACUCAGGAAGUUGAAUGUCCCAAAUGUUUUGUAUCAGUGAAGUGUCUUUUAUUAUCUAAGCAUUUAGCAUGUUGUAUGAAUCCACACCAAAGCACCUAUUCUUAUAGUAGUAGAAAUAGUUCUCGGAUAGCUCGGCAGCGUAUACAAGAAGGUUUUAAGACCACUUAUGAAGAAACUAAAAAUGAAAGUGAAKAUGAGAGAAUAAAACCAAAGAAGCGUAGCAAUAAAGCAAAAAAGUCCAACCUCAAAAGCAUAAGUCCUCAACAGCCGUCACUUUUAACCAGCAAACCCAUGAAAGACAUUGUAUGGAGUAGACAUCCACAAAGGAUUAGGAAUGUCGAAUGA